AUGGUUAGUCAAUUGAUUCACACUCUAGCAUUGCCGGUGCCCGCAUGGGCUGAGAUUAUACGGUCGGAACUUGAUCUAGUUAAUACUAGCGAAAAGAAAAUGCUUUUGGCCAAACUGUCUCUGAAACACGGAAACCACUUCAACUCGAAGUCCCCGGUUGCAAAGGCUAUUUCGUCUGUGUAUGACUGGGAUACUUUCAAGUUUGCUCCAAUCAGAGAGUCCACUGUCUCGAGGGCUAUGACUAAACGGUACUUUGCCGAUCUCGACAACUAUGCCGAAAGUGACGUGGUCAUCGUCGGUGCUGGCUCUGCUGGUCUGAGCGCUGCUUAUGUUUUGGGUAAAGCCAGACCUGACUUGAAAAUAGCCAUCAUUGAAGCCAACGUUGCUGUUGGUGGUGGCUGUUUCCUUGGAGGUCAAUUGUUCUCUGCUAUGGUCUUGAGAAAGCCUGCAGAUACUUUCAUCAGAGAGUUGGGCCUGGAAUACGAGGAUGAGGGUGACUACAUUGUUGUCAAGCACGCAGCAUUGUUCAUCACCACCUUGUGCUCCAAGACCUUAGCUCUUCCUAAUGUCAAGCUCUUCAACGCUACAUGUGUGGAGGACUUGAUCACCAGAACUGACGAGUCCGGUGACUCGAGAAUUGCCGGUGUGGUCACCAACUGGACAUUGGUUUCUAUGCACCAUGACGAUCAAUCUUGUAUGGAUCCAAACACCAUUAAUUCCAAGGUUAUCAUCUCGUGUACCGGUCAUGACGGUCCUAUGGGUGCUUUCUGUGUCAAGAGACUAGCUGAGCUUGGUUUGUUGAAGAGAAACCACAUGGGAUGCUUGGACAUGAACCGUGCCGAAGAUUCCAUUGUCAAGAACACCAGAGAAGUGUUCCCAGGUUUGAUCUGUGCCGGAAUGGAACUCAGUGAGUGCGAUUCCCACAACAGAAUGGGUCCUACCUUCGGUGCUAUGGUUCUUUCUGGUGUGAAAGCAGCAGAGGAGGCAUUGAAUGUUUACGAUCUGAGAAAGAAGCAAGAUCUGGAAUCAUACUGA